GCUAGAAGUUAGCCAUAUUUAUUGUAGGUAUAUUUUAUUGAGACGCUUUUAUUGAGAAAUGACUAAAAUUUCAAAAUAAAUAAACGACGCUUCAAAUAUAAAGCGCAAUGUUCAAUUGCGUAGAAUAUUAAUGAAAUUAAAAAAACGAUAAUUUAUCAUUGUUGUGUAAUAUAAACAUUUUUUGUGUAAUGGAACAGAGAAGGAUAGAAAAGUAGGUAGGGUAUGUAUAUGGGGACCUUCACCGAGACCUAGUUGGUCGACAUUGCUCCUGGUGUUACACUCGUCAUAGCAGCACCCCACCUACCCCAUUAUUCUGCCCGCCAGCACUUGGCUGAUACCCUCAACACAACACGCACCUUGUCCUGGAUGGUGCUGGAGGACUAGGGCUUACGCUUUCGAGACGCAGGCGCAAACGCAUCCCAAUUCUAAUUCUAUUCAACAAUGUUAACGCUGAUACCGACGCGACUUGGUACUGAUUUUGCAUUCAGCACUGUUUUUCUAUCGGAACAAGAUCAGGACACUGUGCGCGCUAAACUAGCGAAUAUCUCUAGUGAACCUCCCGAACUCGUCCAACGCACUUCCUUCGCUCCGAGAGAGCCUAUCAUGGGAGUUGUUAAAUCUGCCUCGGAAAGUAUCCUCGAGGAAAAUAUUGUGCCCAGUGAAGAAGUUCAAGUUCACGCCGAGGAGUGGAACGAAAGUUUUCCGUAUCAUUUACUGAUAGGAGCCGGAGUAGCAUUAAUGGCACUUGUCUUACUAGCAGCAGUGAGCAUUCAGUGCUCCUCAACAUGGCGAUGGCUCCUAGGAGUAACAAGACAAGAUAAUCAGGAAAGUAAUAACAGUGACGUUUCCCAACAAAAUGCAAUUCGUAUUAGUCACUCCUUACCUGAUCUUCAAUCGGAUCCAAUAACUCAUGAAUAUGUUCAGGAGCAAAAAGAAAGUAAAAAGGUACUGCGUCAAACAACAUUACCAAUUGUACCUAUGAGGCAUCAAAGUUUCCAAAGACAACUUUCCCAUCGUCUUGAUCUUCCAAAUAUCAAAUUCAGUAUCUGUAGUCUUGAAAAUCGUAGUGAUUCAAGUCUGGGUCUUAUCAAGCCAGAGUUAUAUAAAAAGGAUUUAACAAGACAAGAAAGCAAUGAAAGUUCUAGCACGACAGACAUGGAAUAUGCAGGAAAGUUACAUUUCGCAUUACGCUAUGAUCAAGAAAUUGAGGGACUUGUGGUCAAAGUGUUGGAAGCUAGAGAGUUACCAGUGAAGGAUGUGUCUGGAAGUAGCGACCCUUAUGUUAAAGUUUAUCUUUUACCAGAUAGAAAGAAGAAGUUUCAGACUAAAGUUCACAGAAAAAACUUAAAUCCAAUAUUUAAUGAGACAUUUAUUUUCAGUGUACCAUAUGAAGAUUUAAGAGAACGGUAUCUGCAAUUUUCAGUUUAUGAUUUUGAUAGAUUUUCUCGUCAUGACUUGAUUGGACAAGUAGUGCUUAAAGGUCUAUUAGACUGCACUGAUCUUGAACAAGAAAUUGAAUAUACAAUGGAAAUUUUAUGCGCAAUGCAGGAAAAAGUUGACUUGGGUGAAUUAAUGUUGACAUUAUGCUAUUUACCCACUGCUGGACGUUUAACAUUAACUGUCAUUAAAGCUAGAAAUUUAAAAGCAAUGGAUAUAACAGGAUCAUCAGAUCCAUAUGUAAAGGUAUACCUUCUUUGUCAAGGAAAAAGGAUAAAAAAGAAAAAAACUAGUGUCAAAAAGAAUUGCUUAUGUCCCGUUUACAAUGAGGCUCUCGUUUUUGAUGUACCAGCUGAAAACAUUGAAGAUGUCAGUCUUAUUAUAAAAGUAAUCGAUUAUGACAGAAUUGGAUCAAAUGAAUUGAUGGGCUGUACAGCUAUUGGAUCAAGUUUUAUUGGCGUUGGUCGAGAUCAUUGGCUGGAAAUGUUAGACAAUCCCAGAAAACCAGUGGCUCAAUGGUAUCCACUAAUGGAAACAGUUGCAGGUCAUAUUCCUGCUGUAUCAUCUGAACCUUUACCAGUCAGUUUAAGCUGCUUGAAUAGCAGAUGAAGAAAACAUGCGAAAUUUCACCUGCUGGACGAUUGCGCAAUAGACGUCCCUCUUUGUUAAAAUCUCGUGGAAAAUUAUUACUCUGACAAGAGUGUGAUGCCAAAUAAUGUCUACGUCUGCAUUGUUCUACAUGAGUACACACAUUCUGGAAUUAUAACUCUGAAUUCUUUUCUUGCAAAAAAAAUGGUAUCAAACCUAAAAUUAAGUUACAAUAUGAAAUCGAGUUAUCACCUGCACUAUGUAAUAGAAGUCUGAAGGUGAACAUUAAAAAUUUUUAUACUUCGCAGAAGAAAGAAUUCACCAAAUAUUACUGUGAUAUCAUUCUCUUUAAAUCUUAAUUAUAGUCAAACCAAUUAAUUGUCAUUUGAAAACAACUUUAUCAUUGUUAAGACAUUCGUUAAUUUUUAGUUGAAUCGAAUGAAUUUCAUAACAAAAUAGCACUGAUUAACAUUUCAAGUACUGCUUUAACCCUUAAAGCGUACGCUCUCUGGGAAUGUCAUAAAUCGCACACAUGGGUAUUUGACACCCAUCUUUAAAGUGUAUUCUAUAAGCUGAAAUUGGAAAUUAUUUUUCAUCAGAAUUACCGAUGGUAGUUCAAUAUAUCUAUUUUGAAGGAAAAUAGUAGAUGAAAAGUUACAUUUGUAAAAAAAAUGAAACAUCGUAAUUCUUAUUAUAAAAUUAAUUUCUUAGUACAGAGACGUAUUCGAAAUACAUGGUUUAGGACCGUAAGGUUGAUAAUAUUUACAUUGAAAAUUGAACAAAAAACAGUAACGCGAUUGACACAAAUAUGUUCCAAAAUCACUUUUACAAUCUUUAACCGUAUACUACUGUAUAUCUGCAUUCCACUUCGAGCGAUUUUACCAAACACAAACUGACACUUGGAUGACUAAUGUCACAUAAUGGAUACUUGACCAAUAUUGCGAUUCAAUUUUCAGGAAUUAAAACGUGAUAUUAGAAUGCAAAGGUUGAGAAUAUAGGUGUCAAACACCCAUAAGCACUUUAACGGUUAAGAUUAAAAGUUAAUUUGUUCUCACUGAUUUUAAAUAUAUACUUUACAUUAUAAUUGUUUGAAAUGGAGCUUAAACAAUGUACCCAGGAAAAAGGCAAGCAGAAGUGAUAAAUUGUAUUCGAGAGUGUUACAUGUCAUAAAUAGACGCCAAUAACUUUGGUGCCAGUCUGUAUAAAAGAUAAAUUAUAAUUGAGCUUUCCCUUCACUCAUUUAAAUUUCUCUUUACAGAGAUUUUUGUAUUUCUUCUGAAUGACAAUUGCCUUGAACAUUUCCCUGUACAGAAAAAAUGUAUGUGAACUUGUAGAAGAAUAUGCACAUAAACUUGUUCCACUUUCUUAUGCUGAACAUGUAAAAUUUCCUGUACCACAACUGACCAGAACUGAUAGGAUUUAUUAAAUGGAAUGUACUUUCGAUUGAUUCUGCGUUUAAUUUCAGUUAGGAACACACUUUUUACUAUCAAUGAAAAGAUUGCGUAGACAAAUUAACAUUCACUACCGGGAACUUUUCCACCUGGGUAUGAUCUGUCAUAAAAAUUAGCUUUUGUUUAAUUUUUUAUUCGAGUGUGAAUAAUUUACUUAAUGGAUUAAUUUAAACAAAUUCGAAAUAUUCCACAAAAGAUAUAGACACUCUUAAGAUACACUCUAAAUUUCAAUAAAUGAGAAUCAGUAUAACUGCCUUUUUUAUUUCAAUCAGGCAAUAUUACAGAAUAGUUUAUGGCCAAAUUAAUUAAGUGUAAAAUGCAGACUGUCACUGUUAUAUUAAACAAAAAUUGUUUACUAAAAUAGUGCAAUUUUGAAUAGUCAUAAAUUUCACAGCCCCACAAAAAAAAAGUGUCGUGCGCGGCAGACCAGACUAGUCAUUUCCCAUGUAUUUUGACGCGCUGAACACGAAUCCGAAGUCCGUUUUGCUCCAUCACGUCAGGAUUUUUUUCUAACCUCCAAAAACCUGUCGGAUUUUGAGAGGUAGGCUAUUU